CACAUAACAUUGUUAUACAAAUAAUAAUAAUUAUAAUAAUAAUAAGCUUGCCCAGCAACAACAAAAAGUACGUGCCCGCGUCCUUGCGCGUGUAAAAUGACCGAAUACGUGACGCCCACUAUAACGAGCGUGCUGAAGAAGUACCAGAACAGUGCCCCAAAAAGUCUGCAGGGUCCAGGACAUACGCUGGCCGUGGCAGCGGCAGCGGCGGCAGCAGCAGCAGCUUCGGGCGUGAAUUGUCCAUUGGAUGCCACCAUUGCUGGCAAUGGCAUUAGUGAUUUAGUCGCGGUCGCCCAAACUUCGCUAACCAAUGGCAAGAUUCAAGGGCAGGGGCAGGGACAGGGUCAGGUGGUGCCACCGGCUGUGGCGCUAAUCAAAAAGGAGAUCUUAAGCUCACCCGAACCGCAUGAUAUGCUAGAUACACAGAAUGCUGCAGUGCAGCAGUCCAAUCCAUCAGUUGUGGUUGCCACAGGGGUUGGUUCAAGUGCCGCACCAGGUGUGGCACCGCCGCCAGCACCACCACCACAAAUUUAUCCGCCCCCACCGCCGGAAUUGUCACAGCCCAUACUCUCAGUGGCCGAUUCCGGUUCUGGGGAGCUCUACGAGACGCGUCUGGAGGGCAAAACCAUUGGCUGCUUCUCGCUGGGUGGCGAGAUGCGUCUGUGUCUGCCACAAUUCCUCAACAAUGUGCUCAACGAUUUCUCAUUGGAGCAAAUCAAUCGGAUCUUUGAUGAGUUGGGCAUCUACUGCUCCCAAUGUACGCCCGAUCAGCUGGUGGAGUUCAAGGCCGCCAAAAUACUGCCCUCGGAUGUGAAGGCGAGUGGUCUGAUUACACGCACCGAUGCGGAGCGCUUGUGUGCAGCACUGCUGCAUCGUUCAGAUCGGAAUAGCUAUAUACCCGUCGAGAAUUUGGCAAAGGGCGCCCUCUCCUUCCACGUCUACCACAAAUGCUUUGGAAAAUGUGAGGGUAUCUGCACUCCGGAUAUGUAUUCGUAUCAGAAGCCGACGUGCAUCAAGUGCCUCGAGUGUGACGGUUGGUUCUCGCCCCAGAAGUUCGUGGGGCAUGUGCAUCGCAAGUUCGAGAAUCGCACCUGCCAUUGGGGCUUUGAUUCCCGCAAUUGGCACGACUAUCUCCAUGUGGCGCUCGAUGUCGAGAAUCGGGAGAAAUAUCAACGCAUAUUGGAUCAGCUCAAGGAGGUCGAAUUAAAGGAGACGCACAAGGCGCAACUGGAUCAAAAGAAGCGAAAG